UUCUUAGUUGUCCUGUGACUGUCGAUCCAUUAGGAUCGCUGCGACAUAACUCCUUAACUCUUCAGAUCUCUGAUAAAUUACCGCUAGCAUGUUGGCCCUUUUGAUGAAUUACCUCUAGCAUGGUAGCUCCAAAAAGUACUUAAGCUUCUUAUAACAAACACAAAGCAAUGUCGGUUGUUAUAUAUCAUUUCUGGUGGAUCUGCUGGUUGUGGACUGCAAUGACUGCCACUUGGUUGAAACAAGAACCAGCUUCGAAGGAGAAACCUUUCGCUUCCAUUCUGUACACUGCAGUUGUACGAGGCAAAGUGGCUCUUCCAUGUGACAUCUCAUCCCCCUCCGCCGACGACUCCGCAGCUCUCAUUCUCUGGUACAAGGAUGACUCGGCUCAACCCAUCUAUACUCUGGACGCCCGGCGGGGUAGCGUGGAUCACGCCCACCAGUCUUCCAUCCCUGAGCUGGAGAGUCGUGCUUACUUUAACAUGAUCAACAGGCCAGCAUUUCUUCAGCUGGACCCCGUGAAGGAAGAUGACGCAGGAGAGUAUCGGUGUCGGGUUGACUUCCAUAAAGCCCGGACUGUGAACACCGUCAUUACUCUGAAAGUCAUAGUUCCUCCCAGAGAGCCAAUUAUAGUGGAUGAAAACAGGCAACAGCUUAAGGGUUUAGUUGGACCGUUCAAUGAAGGACAACCUUUAUCGUUAACGUGUAGCGUCGUUGGAGGGAAACCUCGCCCAUCUUUAACCUGGUGGCAGGAUUACACCCUUUUAGAUGACAACUAUACUUUCAUAUCGGACGAAGUCGUGGUGAACAAGAUUGUUAUUCCAGAAAUCGAGAGAGACGACUUGAGAACAGUCUUGACCUGUCAGGCGUCCAAUAACAACAUUACUAUUCCUGCUUCUACAACUAUUACUUUGAAACUCAACUUAAAACCACUCGAAGUUGAUAUUACGCCAGCUCGACGUCCCAUGUCAGCAAAUAAAAAAAUUGAAUUAACAUGCGUUUCUCAUGGAUCUCGGCCUCCUGCAACUAUCACAUGGUGGAAAGAAUCGCAGCAGAUAAUGCCUUCUGUUGAAAGUGUCAAGACAGAAGGUGAAACCGCAAUUAGUACGUUAACGUAUAUGCCAUCGGUGGAAGACAACGGAAAAUACUUGGGAUGCAGAGCUGAAAAUCCCAGAAUUCCUGGAAGUGCUAUUGAGAAAGGCUGGAAUGUGGAAAUCCAGUACACGCCAAACGUCUCUUUACGAGUGGUUUCCGGUGCCGAAGACGGAAUGGUAAAGGAAGGAGAUGACGUAACAUUCGAAUGUGACAUUCAGGCUCAUCCUUGGGUGCAUGAAAUAAACUGGCAUUUCAACGGUCGUCAAUUAGUCAACGACCCCUCGCUAGGAAUCAUGAUCAGUAGUCAGACGUUGGUUCUAAGGAAUGUCAGUAGAAGAAUGCGAGGCCGAUUCUCCUGCUCAGCUGCAAACGUUGAAGGCUUGGGUAUCAGCGAUGACAUGUUUUUGAAGGUUAAGUACUCUCCAGUUUGUCAACCUUUCCAAAAGUCCGUUUAUGGAGUUUUAAACCAGGAAAGUAUCGAUGUAGAAUGUCAGUUGGACGCAGACCCUAGAGAUAUUAAGUUCUUUUGGCGCUUCAACAGCUCUACUAAAGUGACAAACACGAUACUUCAUAAGAUCCACAGCGAGUUUCAGAGCAUUGCGUCCUACAGAAUACAGACAAGUGAAGACUAUGGAACUCUUAUGUGCUGGGGGGAGAACAGUAUUGGAGUUCAAAGAGAACCCUGCGUUUUUAAAAUCAUACCAGCAGAGGCCCCUGAGCCUGUUCAAAACUGCACUGUGUUUAAUCGCACGGAAGAAUUGAUACUAGUGGAGUGUCUUGAAGGUUUUAACGGUGGACUGGAACAAACAUUCAUCAUGGAGGUUUAUACUAAAGAAAGCGGGACUCUUUAUGCUAAAGUUUCAUCUCAUGUACCGAUCUUUCUCGUAAACGGGCUCACUCCUGGAACCUUCUUUAUCUUGUUGGUUUAUGCAGUAAACCGUUGUGGUCGAAGUUCAGUGGUGAGAAUUUCAACGAGCACUGUUCGACAAGCAGAAAAACUAACAAGGAACAGGGGAGGAGUAUAUGUUUUUAACCCAGUACUAACAGUAUUCAUCUCAGCGACCGUAGCCUUGGUAUUCUUCAUUGUAAUAUUAGUAAUCGUGAUCAAAGUAAAAAAGAGAAGCGAUUUAAAAGCUCAACAAGAGAGCAACACCAAAAAUAAAUUAGACGUGCCACUGCAAAAACACGCAGAAGACGAGAACGAAGAAGGCCCAGACAUAAUUCCAGCCAAAAACUUAAACAGAAGGUUUUUAAUAUGUUAUGACCAUGACUCCGAUGAAACUUGCCUCCAGUUACACGCCACGCCUUCGUCUACACAGAGUUAUUGUACUGCUGGGAAAGUAUUGGUUAGAAGUCAUUCACCAGAUCAGGGAGUUAUGUUGUUUCCUGAAUCCACGUACAGGAGUCCUACCCAGAAAACAGAUACCAUAGCUUUACAGAAGCUAUCUUCACCUCGUCCAAAAGACCAGAGACAAAGGAACGCAAUAGCUCCAGGAACGAGCCGGCAUGCCGUAAUCGAAGACAACAAAUUGGACCCUUCUUCACAAGAUCAUCAGGUUGGUGUCACAGACGUGUCUACGAAAACAGCUAAGAGUGUGUUGAUUAAAAAACAAGAAAGUGCCGUAUAAUCUCGUGAGAAACCUUUCCGGUCCUAUUUGUUAUGACUCGUUAUCAGUCACAUAUUUGGAUUUCUUGAAGUGGCUCCUGGUGUCUAACUUAUCAACUACCCAACGGCUGUCUUUUGUAGUAAAAUACGACACUACCAAGUUCCCACAAUUCAACAUUGCACCGCGCAAAACUUUUUAAGAACAAACGUUUAUUUAUUUAGGCAAACACUGUCCAUUGGGUUUACAUGUUACUCGGUUGUUCUUCUUUUAUCCACCUAUCCACCUUGUUUUGUGAAA